UACGUCAGAGGUCGGAGUUGAAAGGUGAGGGAGGAGGGCUCGUGCUUGGAAGGUUCGCGGGAAACGUCCCAAAACAAAUCGGUUCUGGUGGACACGCGAUCGACUCCAGACACAGUUUGAACUUGUCAAUCAAAAGGCAAACUAAUCGAUCUGAUCGAUCACAGGUGACGGUGAUCGUGACUGACGGUACACAGCGGGCUGAAGCACUCGGUGACCGGCGACAGAGAUGGCGGAGAGACCCGAAGACCUGAACCUGCCCAACGCGGUGAUCACACGCAUCAUCAAGGAGGCGCUCCCAGACGGGGUGAACGUGUCCAAAGAAGCCAGGAGAGCCAUUUCCCAAGCUGCCAGUGUGUUUGUGUUGUAUGCAACAUCCUGUGCGAACAACUUUGCCAUGAAAGCCAAACGGAAAACUCUGAACGCAGGAGAUGUUCUGGCUGCGAUGGAGGAAAUGGAGUUUGAGAGAUUCCUGGAGCCGCUCAGGGAAGCUCUGGAAGUGUACAAGAAGGGCCAGAAGGGAAAGAAGGAAGUGUCCGAGCAGAAGCGUAAAGACAAAGAGAAGAAGGCUGACUCUGAGAACGAUAAGAGCAGAGAGGAGGAGGAGGAGGAGGAGGAAGAGCGCAUGGAGGACGAACCUGAAGCUGAGAACGAAGCCGAGGAGGAGGAGGUGGAGAACUGACGAAGCUCUGAUGAUACGAACGAUGAAAUGCACUCCGGUCACCGGCCUGGACGUGAUGCGUUUAAGUGACGCUCGGCCAUGAAUCAACACAUCCAGGUUCACAGUGCAGCACGGCGAGCUCUAAGGAGGCGGAGCUCCCUUAAUAACGUACUUCUCUGUGCAGCUGCCGUCUUCCAACCUGAUAAGAAACAAAGCACAAGGUCAAACCACGUCCUGCACUUCCUGCAUCUUUGUCCGUUUUGUAUUUUUGUGUAAAUAUCCGCGUCACCUUUUGAUACGAACGUUCCCGACAGGAAGCGACAUUCAGUAGUUCAGAAAGUUAAACUCAAAGAUUCAGUUACACUUAGUUAAUACACUUUUCAGUCAGUUUACCACAGAAGGAAGUGACAACACAGACGGUAGUUUGACCUGCGUUCAGGUAGGAAUAGUUCUGAAAAGUUUCACCUUCAGGUUAAGAAACAUACUCAGUCUAGUCGCCAGAAUAAAUGUUGGCAUUUUAUGUUUCUGCAAAACACAGAUACGUUACCUUCGUACGUUAUUAUGUAGCAUUUAAACUUUACAUUUAAACAAUGCUGUGGUUAAAUACUUGUGAAAGGCACCUGAAAGCAGCACAAAAAGAAGUGAUGUUGCUCCAGGUUGUGUUUAUGUUUAGGCACAAAGAAAAAACACUCGUCACGGUGGGGAAAAGGUCGUGCUCUGGCUUAAUAUACCGGUUCUUUGUGGCAGUGUCCCAGCAGGAAAUACAGCAAUGUCUCGGUAAAGAACAGCUGCUUUUUGUGCUGCUGUCCUCGGUAGAAAAAUAGCGACUAGUCCCUAAAAACAUCCACAUGGAAGACGAAGCUUUGACUCACUGAAAAACAGUUGAUUUUUUUGUUUUUUUGGUCUGCAGCUUGUCCACCGUCCCCUCCACCUCCUGAGGACAGGCAGCUCAUACAGUAGGUCAAUUUAAAAAACGUUGAUUUGAUUCGUAUGAAAUGUAUUCAUGGUUUAUAGGAACGUACGAUGCCAACAUUUUCUUCUGGCGACUGGACUGAUGUGUUUUUUAUUUGACAAAGAAUCCAAAGUUCUCAAAUGUUAGACGCCAUGCAAAAGGAAGAAGUUUGUAGAACACGCUGCCAAAAAUAAGAAACAGUCUAAUAUUUGUAAAACAUGGAUUUAAAUCAGGAACUUUUUGAUCCAAGACAACAAAAUCUGACCUGAAGUUUUGAUUCAAGGCUUCUACACUUGUUCUGAAUUUAGCGUGCUGGCUGGAUUUGUGUUUUGUUCAGUAACUAGGUGUUUUCCUACUAACACACAAACAGUUUGACAAACUACUAGCAGCAGAUACCGAGCGUCCAACAGCUACAUGUGAUAAAUUCUACAUUGGAAGCUUCACACCUGUAACGACUGUUAGUUAAAACCUGUUGUGUUGGACGACAUGAGUUGAGCAUGAACAGCUGCAGCAGUGUGUCUGCGUGCGGUUCCUCUUUGUUCCUGAUCUGCUGAGUUUUUGAAGCAUUUAUACUUUUGUAGGAUUGUAUAUGAGUGGCUGAGAUUUGCAAUAAAUAUUUUGUAUGAAAAGCAAAACUGCAGUGAAUCAUGAGCGACCCUGACAACCCCUCACACCCACCACAGCCCAGCUCAGUCCUCCAUCCUGCAAACGUGACUCCACUGACGCAGACACGACGUGUUCACUGCAGCUGCAGUCAGAGUGAUGUUCAUGGAUCUUCAGAUUUAAACUGGAAUAAAACCUGCUGAAUAUUCUGUCACAAAGCAGAUAAAUCCUUAGUUUGCUGAGAGUUCAGUCGGACUUCUUAAAGUUAUAAAAAAGACUCAUAACUAAAAAUAACUGGCUGUUCACAGUUCAUGCUCACGAUGCAACGUUUCAAACAUUUUAGUGUUCAGUGUCAAAUGACCAAAGACCAGGGACCGCUUGCACAAAACACCUCAAGUAUGACACUUAAAAGGUUUAAUUUCUCCUUAGCUGAGGGACACAGUUGCACAGAAUCCCUUAAAAGGUUUCCUUAGUUAAGGAAAAACUUGUUUACUGCAUUGAAAGAUUUUACAGUAUAGUUUUUCAGUGAAAAAAUAUCAAAAGCAAAGACAAGAAAACCAGAAAUACUUAAGUGAACAUUUUAUGAGAACCUGAAGGAGAAGAGUUAAGGGUGUUGUGUGCAACCCAUUUUAUUUGAACAAGGACAGGGGUCGCCAACAUAUUUGAACUUUACAUGAAGGUAACACAGCCUGUUAAGUCUAAAUUAGUCAUCAACAUUACUAAUAGGUCUAAAUAAGUAGUAAUUAAUAUGUUUUACCUUAAAGUGGCUUCUCUGCAGUCAGCUCUUUAUGAUUAUUUGGUAUUUUAACUUUGCAGUGUUGGUGGUAAAAGUGAAUAAACCUGUGCAGUAGUAAACGGCA